AUGAUGAUUCUCUCUAGAACCCCAACUCUCCAUCAUCGAAACUUGGCCUCAUUUCGAAAAGAUUAUUCAUUUCUUGUUCAAUCUCUGCCCCUUAUUCCUCCUCCUGCAUCUGCAAUUUCGUUGACAAGAAGAACCCGGAUCCUGAAUCGUUCUAGAAAGAAUCACAAAAGUAGCAUCGUACCCACUUGCAUUAGUCCUGCCCAAGAAGAAAUAGUUCCGGAGACUGCAGUUAUUGAAGAUUCAGAAGAGGCUUCUUCUUCAACCUCUGCUUCAGUUUCUUCAUUAGUUGAUAAUUAUGCAGAAGAAGAAGAAGCGGAGGAAAGGUUAAUGGUGGCAGAGUCGGGAAAUUUUGCGGCGGCGGAUGAAAGCCUGUGGAAUCAAAUGGUGGAAAUUGUGAAGUUCUCUGGGCCAGCUGUUGGGCUGUGGUUAUGUGGGCCCUUGAUGAGUCUCAUCGACACUGCCGUCAUUGGUCAAGGAAGCUCCAUUGAGCUAGCCGCUUUAGGGCCAGGAACUGUGUUUUGUGAUAACACCAGUUACGUGUUCAUGUUUCUGUCAAUUGCUACUUCCAAUUUGGUCGCCACUGCACUUGCCAGGCAGGAUAAAGAAGAAGUGCAGCAUCAAAUAUCUAUCUUGCUUUGUAUUGGGCUGGCUUGUGGUGUGUUCAUGCUCUUGUUUACCGGAUUAUUUGGCCAAUGGGCAAUAAAGGCUUUUACUGGGGCAAGCAAUACUGAAAUCAUAACUGCUGCAAACACAUAUGUCCAGAUCAGGGGCUUAGCCUGGCCAGCAGUGCUGAUUGGAUGGGUUGCUCAAAGCGCAAGCCUCGGGAUGAAAGACUCAUGGGGACCUUUAAAGGCUCUGGCAGUUGCUAGUGCUAUCAAUGGUCUGGGUGACAUAAUUUUGUGCAGAUUCUUAGGAUAUGGUAUUGCUGGGGCAGCUUGGGCAACAAUGGUUUCACAAGUUGUAGCUGCUUAUAUGAUGGUUGAAGCUCUGAAUAACAAGGGUUAUAAUGGGUUUUCCAUCUCGAUUCCAUCAGUUACUGAGCUUACACAGAUAGUUACGCUUGCUGCUCCAGUGUUUAUAACUAUGAUGUCAAAGGUGUUAUUUUACUCCCUUCUUGUCUAUUUUGCCACAUCAAUGGGCACACAAAUGGUUGCUGCUCAUCAAGUCAUGAUACAACUUUACUGCAUGUGUGCGGUAUGGGGUGAGCCUCUUUCUCAGACUGCACAGUCAUUUAUGCCUGAGCUGUUAUAUGGCGCGAAUAGAAGUUUACCAAAGGCACGAAGGCUGUUGAAGUCUCUGGUGAUAAUUGGAGCAUUGAGUGGGGUAAUACUUGGGUCAAUUGGAACAUCGGUCCCUUGGUUGUUUCCCAAGCUCUUUUCACAUGAUUCUCAUGUUAUAGGGGAGAUGCACAAAGUGCUUAUUCCUUACUUUAUUGCCCUCUCUGUGACACCAAGUACUCACAGCCUUGAAGGAACACUUUUAGCUGGGAGAGACUUGAAAUUUAUUAGUUCAUCGAUGAGCACUAUUUUCUGUUUGGGAUCCCUUCUCCUGCUGCUGUUGAGCUCGAAGGGAUAUGGUUUGUCAGGCUGUUGGUUUGCUCUUGUUGCAUUUCAAUGGUCGCGAUUUUCAGUUGCUUUGCGACGUCUCACUUCGCCAAAUGGCAUACUUUAUUCUGAAGACUUGACUCGUUACCAGUUAGGAAAGCUAAAAGCAGCAUAG